AUGUCUAAUAACUUCCCCCCAUCUUCUCCUGUUAAAUGGUAUCAGUCAGAUCAUAUCUCCUCCAAAAAUAACAAGAUUAGCGAAGAUAAAUCAAAUCUAUUGUCUGAUGAUCAUAAACAAAUAAUAACCAAUGACCAUCGCACCCAUUCCGACCGUUAUCCUACUCCAAAUCCUUCUUCAAGUAUCGGAAUUUUUAUUCCAUCAUCUCCUGUGUCUUCUUCUUUUGUAACAAAGGAUAUCAAUACCAAUAAAAAUAAUACCACCACUACUAAUAAACAUUAUACACGACAACUUUUGUCUGAUUUUUCUCCAACAGAACAUUUCAAUAUUAAAACACAUCCUAAUGCAAUUAACAGUAUAAAUACUACAACCUGCGAUACUAUACCUAUCUUUCUUAGUCCUAAUACAUCACAACAUUAUAUACUUGGUCGAAAAUCAAGCAUAUGUGACAUAAAAUUGCCACAUCAUAAAAACAUAUCAAGGCAACACGCAAUUAUAUCUUACAAUGACAAAAAUAAAAUACUUAACAUAAAUUGCCUAGGUCAUAACAGUAUGAUUAUAUCAUUUCAAAGUCGGACUGAUUAUUCUUUAGAAAGCGUGGAACCAAAGGAUAAUAAACUUAAUGAAAAAUCUAUUGGUAAAAUGUAUAAAAUAGCAUCACAUAUACAAAAUAAUAAUAAAAUUAGCAAUAGAUUGCUGAAAAGGCAUAACAAUUUGAUAUCAUUUUCCCUUUUAAAGAAUGAAAUUGUGCAAUUACCCCUGAUAGACAAUAUAAUUUUAGAUUUUAGAAAGUGUAAAUGUGUGAUUAAAUUGUGCCAAGAUGAUUGUCAUGAUACUGACACUGAAGAUGAAUUUGCAUUGUUUCCUACAAAAAGUGAUGAUUUUGUUUGUACACCGACAAAACAUUUGGUACCAAUUUAUCCAAAUCUGGAUAAUUCACCAACAACUGAAAAAAGUUCUCACAUAAAUGAAAAAGGUAGUCCAAGCAUGCUUUUGAAAACACCAUCUCCAAAACAGCCACCAUCAUCACGACAACAGCAUUUACCGUAUAAUGACACCCUAAAUCAACAACUACCACAGACUCCAAUAAAAAAAAAAUAUAAAUUUGAUACGGAUGUAUAUAAUAAUAUACGUAGAUUGAAUAAUGUGGAGUCACCCAUUAAAAAAUUCUCAAAGACAAUUGACGAUAAUAUUAGUUUAUCAAGUAUAUUAAAAUCUGAAACAUUAGCAGAAACAACAGCGGAAAAAAAAUCUUUUAAACUUGAAAAUCACACGAUACCUAAACCGAUAGAAUCAGUAAAUAUUACUUCGAAUAUUGGUAAAGGUUAUGAGUUUAAAGUUGAAUUACCAAAAAGCUUCCACAAUAAUAUAAAUAAUAUCAGUGUCGAAAAUGAAACAUAUCCAUUUGAGCAAGAUAGUACAAACAAACAUAAACCAUCAUCAAAUAAAGGUAUAAGUGUAUUUGAAUGGAGUCCUAAUAUUGAAAAAAAUGAUAACACUAAGUAUUCAGUAACUGAAGACUUAAUACAACACGGCUCCAAAAAUAUGGAUAAAUUGACUAGAGAACCACAUUUAGAUCAGUAUGAAAGAAACAAUAAGAUAAGUGAAAGAUAUCAUCUAUCAUCAUUAGUGUCAGAGAAAUCGCACCUAGAAGUCAAAGAUGAGUCAACAUCAAAAAAAAGAAAAUUAAAUACACAGCUUAACAUACAUAAAAAUACAGGUAUUACUCAAACUCUAAAUAAAAAAGAUAUUAAUUUACAGGAUGUUUCAAGAAUAAUUGUUAAUCAAAUUGCAUUUUCAAAUUUAAAACAAACACCUUUAUCACAUAUAAUGAAUAUUAAUGGCACUACAAGAUCCCUGACAAAGGAUAAAAUUAAAUCCUUGUUGCGUGACAUACCAUGUAUCGGAGAAAUCAAAAGAUAUGGCAAGGACGCAGCAGGUAACUUACUAGAAGCAGAUUAUUAUUAUGAUCUAGAAAAUGAUGAUGAUAAAGAAAGAAGAAGUGUUCUAAUUUCAUUGAAAGGUGGGAAAAAUCUUGGGUUAAGAUCAUGUCGUAAAACUCAUAAACAAUAUUAUUGGAAAAAACCAUCUAAAAGGUAG